AAGGCUCAGCGGGGCUGUGUGCUGGGGACGCAGGCUGGGCCGGCUCUGCCGCAGCGACUCAUCCUACCACAGGGUCCAGCUAGACAAGGUGGAGCAUGGGAAAAAAAUGGAACUGUCCCAGCUCCUCAAUGAGAUCAGGGCAAACUAUGAAAAGCUCCUCACCAGAAAUCAGAUAGAGACCGUGCUGUCAACAAGGAUCCAGGUAAUGAUUUCAUUCAGCGAGGCACCUUCAGGAUAAGGAGACAGUCCAUGUCUACCCAAUUCCUGUCCCCGCCUCUCUGAGCUGGAAGAGGAUAUAACCAAAAAGAUGGACAAGGACGGAGAGGCUUUGAAGGCAGCACAGGCAGAGCUCAAGGAGGCCCGUCGCCAGUGGCACCACCUGCAAGUGGAAAUUGAAUCUCUCCAUGCUGUGGAAAGAGGCCUUGAAAACUCCCUGCAAGCCAGCGAGCAGCAUUACCAGAUGCAGCUGCAAGACCUGGAGGCGGUGAUCGAUGGGCUGGAGAAGGAGCUGCAGGAAGUCAGGCGAGGCAUCGAGAGGCAGCUUCUGGAGCAUGAGCUGCUUCUCAACACCAAGAUGAGGCUGGAGCAGGAAAUAGCCACUUAUCGCCACCUGCUAGAAAAAGAAGAAAUCAGAUAUUAUGGUUGUAUCCAAGGAGGGAAAAAGGAACAGAAACCCACCACAAGUAAAGUUGCCUUUCGUCUGCCUUCUGCCAUUAUAAAUGAAAUAUCUUUUUCAACAAAAGUCCCCAAAAAGUAUGAGAGUGAAAAAGUGGACCCAGUGACGAAACAGGCAAUAUUAAAUGGAAAUGUGAAGGAGAGCACGGAAGCCCACGGCACCAUUCAGACAGAGAAAGUAGAUGAAGUUAUUAAAGAAUGGGAAGGUUCGUUCUUUAAAGAUAACCCUCGAUUGAGGAAAAAGUCUGUUUCGCUCCGAUUUGAUCUUCACUUGGCAGCCACUGAUGAAGGGUGCUUGCAGACAAAGCAGGAUAAUCUGCCAGAUAUUGAAGUCAGGCUCAUCAUGCGAAGAUCCUGUAGCAUCCCCUCCAUCAAACCCCCAUCCACAACUAAUUAACCAAGAGAUAGUAUUUUAUCUGUAAAUGACAUUAGGAUGGACUGGGUGGGCCAUACAGACCCCUGGUCCUGAAUGUAAGUUAUCACACAUGUAUGGAUAACAGUACAAUCAUUGUGGGAUUGUGAUUCUCUUCAGAAAACACACACAGUAAGAGGUAGCGUCUCUGUGGACACAAUGAUGGUAUAUUAUUUGGAGUGGGGAGGCUUAAAAAUAAAAUCAGAAAUUCAAUGUGA